CCAUCUCUCCUUCUUGCUUCUCCUCACAUGCACUUCCUUUAAUUUACUUCCUGUAAAUGAUCCUCCAAUUAGAAAACAAUUAAUACUAGCUAAUAUUUUUCCUCUCUUCUCUUCCAAUUGAAGUUCAGCUAGCAGCUUUUCCAUCUAUCUAAAUUUUGUGGUCUAUAACACAACAAACAAUGGAGUGCUUUAACAUUGACAAAAUGGAUGAGAAGCCAGGGAAUAUUCCACAUGAAGAAUUCACCUUUGAUGGAACUGUGGAUAAGCAUGGUCGCCCUGCUGUGCGUGCCAGGACUGGAAGAUGGCCUGCUGGUGUUCUAUUACUUGUGAAUCAAGGUUUAGCAACACUAGCAUUCUUUGGAGUUGGAGUGAAUCUAGUCCUAUUUCUUACAAGAGUUAUGGGGCAAGAUAAUGCUGAAGCAGCCAACAAUGUCAGCAAAUGGACUGGAACUGUUUACAUCUUCUCACUUUUGGGUGCUUUCUUAAGUGAUUCCUACUGGGGUAGAUACAAGACUUGUGCCAUCUUCCAAGCCAUUUUCGUUGCUGGACUAGUAUCAUUAUCAUUAUGUUCAUACAUUUUCUUGAUCAAGCCUAAUGAUUGUGGAGAUGAAAAAGCCCCUUGUGGAUCCCCUUCAAGUCUCCAUACUAUGCUCUUCUAUGUAUCCAUUUACUUAAUUGCUCUUGGCAAUGGAGGGUAUCAACCCACCAUUGCAACAUUUGGAUCAGAUCAAUUUGAUGAAGAUCAUCCUCAAGAAAGUCACUCAAAGUUGUCUUUCUUUAGCUAUUUCUACUUAGCAUUGAAUCUUGGAUCCCUGUUUUCAAACACCAUCUUAGUCUAUUUUGAGGAUAAGGGAAUGUGGACAUUGGGUUUUUGGGCAUCAGCUGGAUCAGCUAUUUUGGCAUUAGUUCUGUUUCUUAUUGGGACACCUAUGUACAGACAUUUCAAGCCUACAGGGAACCCCAUUUCAAGAUUUUGUCAAGUGGUUGUAGCUGCAAUUAGGAAAUGGAAGAUAGAGCAACCUUCAAAUGGAGAUGAGCUAUAUGAAGGUGAUGGAAGAGAGCUUGCUGAUAAUAGCAGUCGAAACAUACUGCAUACGAAAGAAUUUAGAUUCUUGGAUAAAGCAGCUAUAAUCACAUCAAAGGAAAGAUUAGAUAAUCCGUGGCGCCUUUGUCCAGUGACUCAAGUGGAAGAAGUGAAAUGCAUCCUAAGACUAUUUCCAAUUUGGCUUUGUACAAUACUUUACUCUGUUGUGUUCACUCAAAUGGCCUCUUUAUUCGUGGAACAAGGCGAUGCCAUGAAAACCACGGUCUCAGGCUUCCACAUCCCUCCUGCUAGCAUGUCAAGCUUCGAUAUCCUUAGUGUUGCAGCAUUCAUUUUCAUCUACAGGCGAGUUCUUGACCCCCUCGUUGCCAGUCUAAAGAAGUCAUCUCCAAGAGGACUAACCGAGCUCCAACGUAUGGGAGUUGGCCUCAUAAUUGCUAUAAUGGCAAUGGUAGCAGCUGGUAUAGUGGAGCAUUUCAGGUUAAAAUAUGCCAACAAAGAUUGUUCACAUUGCACCAAUUCGAGUUCUUUAAGUAUUUUCUGGCAAGUCCCACAAUAUGUACUAAUUGGAGCAUCAGAGGUUUUCAUGUAUGUUGGACAAUUGGAGUUUUUCAAUGGACAAGCACCUGAUGGAUUGAAAAGCUUUGGAAGUGCACUUUGCAUGACUUCAAUUUCACUAGGGAACUAUGUCAGCAGCUUGCUGGUUUCCAUUGUUAUUAAAGUUUCGACUACCGAUAAAAUGCCUGGAUGGAUACCUGGAAACCUCAACAAAGGCCAUUUGGAUAGAUUUUACUUCCUCUUAGCAGCAUUGACAACAGUUGAUUUUGUGGUCUACCUCAUUUGUGCUAAGUGGUACAAGUACAUUGAGUUUGAACAAAGAAUUAGUGGAAAACAAGAUGAAGAGACACAGGGUGAUUUGAGAUUACAGGCUUGAUUUUUGAUAAUUUCUUCAGAACUAAUUAAAAAAAUAAAUCUCAUCUCCCAUCACCCAAUAUUAGCAGGCUGGUCCUCUGUUCAGACGAAGGACUCAUUGGUGGUAUGAAUCAGUGUAAAAUUUUUUUUAGGUGCAAUGUCAGUGUAUAUAAGUUAAUUGUAACAGGUAAGAUGAGGAUAUGAUCACUGUUUAUCUAAGUUGAGCAAAAGAUGUUACGUGGAAAUCAGUUAUUGUGUAAAGUGUAAAAAAAGAUGGCUAGCAGAUCCUCAAGAAGAAUGAUGUGUUAUUCUUUGCAUUUGUAAAAUUAUUUGUUCUUCUA